AUGUCGAUCGUCCCGUACGCCGGCAGAGCGGGCGGAUCGCUACCGCAGUCGGUGUCGCUGCUCACCGGCGACAACUACACGGCGUGGUCGAUCAAGGUGGAGGCGAAUCUUGAUGCAGCCUGGCUGUGGGAGGCGGUGGUGGUGCCGGAGGACGCGGCGGUGGCCGUCAUCGCGAAGAAGGACAAGCCCGCGCACGCCUACCUGCUCGGUACACUCGCCGAGGACCUGCUGCUGCAGGUGGCGUCGAAGAAGACGGCGGCCGAGGUGUGGGCGAGCUUGAAGGCCAGGUUUGUGGGCGCGCACCGCGUGCGCACGGCGAGGCUCGGCACACUCCGGGGAGAAUUUGAGCUCCUACGCAUGGCGUAG